AUGGCUCCCAGCCAAGAUCCCCCUUUCGAUCACUCCAAGGUCGACUUUACCAAAAUCGGCCCACGACGUCUCCACAUGGAAGCAUUUUUCCGGCACCUUGGUCUCUGGCAUCCAGACGAGGUGGAAGAGCUUCGCGUAUUGAUUGAGCCAGAAAUCUGUAGCAGGCUACAGCAGAAGGGUCUUCGUCAAGUUGGCUAUGCUUUCUUUGAGUAUUAUGUUGACAAAAAGCUCUGGUAUAAUAUCCUUGGCCACCACAACGUUCCGUUUGAAGAUCAACCGUGGCCUUCGCUAAAGAGCAUCAUGCCUCCCUACAGUGACCUUUCUGAGGGUGUUUCUUGA